GCAAGUCCCCACCCUCGCUGAAGGUUCGAGGACCACCCCGCUUUCCCGAGAGGAGCCGGGCGGCGGGUACUUAUCUCCGACCUCCGGCGAGUGGGAAAGGCCGCGCGACCGCCCGUCCUCCAACUACAGGCACCGCACGAACAGCGACUGGGAAACUGCCACUAGAAAAAGAUGACUGUCCAACUAAAACCUGCAUACACAGCUACAUCCUUCCUGGAAGAGCACAGUGGAACUAGAUCCUAGUAGAGAUAGCACAGGGAUUGUCAACAUUCUUGUCACACUGAAAUUUCCUUCUACUGAUCUUCAAAAACAGAUGCCCUGCCCAGAAGCAACACGGCUAAUGGGUGCCACUGUGGAGACCCAGGCAACCUGAGAGUAGUCCUGACAGCCAGACCUCCAGGGUGGAAAUGGGAAGGUCUACAGAGAAAGGAACAGAUGUUGUUAUUGUAAAGAAUGGAAGAAGAAUAUGUGGAACAGGAGGUUGUUUAGCCAGCGCACCUUUACAUCAAAACAAAAGCUAUUUUGAAUUCAAAAUCCAGUCCACAGGAAUCUGGGGUAUUGGUGUUGCAACUCAGAAGGUUAACUUGAAUCAGAUUCCUCUUGGCCGAGAUGUGCACAGUCUGGUGAUGAGAAAUGAUGGAGCCCUUUACCACAACAAUGAAGAGAAAAAUAGGCUGCCAGCAAACAGUCUUCCGCAGGAAGGAGAUGUGGUGGGUAUUACUUAUGACCAUGUCGAAUUAAAUGUAUACUUGAAUGGAAAAAACAUGCAUUGUCCAGCAUCAGGUAUACGAGGGACAGUGUAUCCAGUUGUUUAUGUUGAUGACAGUGCAAUUUUGGAUUGCCAGUUCAGUGAGUUUUAUCAUACGCCUCCACCUGGUUUUGAAAAAAUAUUAUUUGAACAGCAAAUCUUCUGAAUGUAUUUGUUUUUAAAACUUGUAUUUCUGCACUGUUAAAAAAUGUUCAUCAUUUAAUAAAACUUUACCUGGCCUAUAGAUGAAAAUAUAUUCUUAAAAAUAUGCUUGUUGAUGCUGUCUAAGGAACCAAUGUAUUCAGUAUACCACCCUGAAGUUGUGAUUUAAAAUACUUUAUGUUUUGUGAAAUGAAAAUAAGCAUUUGGGCAGUUUAUUUAAUUCUUAUUUAAAUAAAUAGAAUUAUGGGUUUAAUUAACAGUAUAACAUGACUAUAUAUACAUAUAUAUUUAAAGGGAAUUCUUUCUUACAUAAUGUAUUUGUUUUGAUAGAGAUGUAGAGUUGGGUGGGUGUUUUUGUCACUCUGAAGUUUAGACCUCAUUAAAUAUUUGACGUCUACAGUUGGAUAAUUUUGCCGCUUAGUGUCCUUUUUUAUAUACAAUAUAACAAAGUGAGAGAAAUUUAUAUUAUUGGCAAUUUCAUUUUUGGCAGUCUAUUUCUGUAUCAUGUACCACUUUUCUUAAAACUUAAAUUGCUUAUUUUGUUGUGUAAUGUCAUUGCUUUUGAUUUGCUUUGUGAAAGGAGAUAAACGUUUCAGUAAUUGUCAGAGCAUUUUGUUGCCUCAGGCUGUGUUACCUCAAUUUCAGAGUAAGUAGUGGUUGAUUAGUAAUGUAGUAUACACUGGCAGACAUCUAGAAUAGUAUGAUGCUUUACAUUUAAAUGAGGUUAUUCUUUUAAGGACUUUUAUUUGUAUGUUUUCUGUAAGGAAUAAUAAAAUAAUUGUAAUUAAGGAAUAUA